AUGCGAUCAGAAAACCAUAUCUCUCCUGUUAGCUACCAUAGUUGUGAGUACACAGUCACAAGAAAUGUCUCUAAGGUGGUUGCGUUUCAAAAGCCGUAUGAAACCAUUGUCCCGUGUCGAGGAUGGAUACCAUGGAAGUUGUGCGCUAAAACACAUUAUAAAACGCAAUACCACUCCAUUAUGGUAGCUGAGACUGCGAAUAUUACACAGUGCUGCGAUGGUUACGAGCAAGUAGGGGACUACUGUGCACUAUCUUUAGAGAAAUCAAGCCAAUUUGUUUUAAGCCAUGGGAUGUGUCCUGAUAUAAAUAAGGAGAUGAAAGGAAAAAAAAAUUGUACUUUUGAUAUUGAUUGUCCUGGACUUCAGAAAUGCUGCAACUUUUCCAAAGGAUCCUUUUGUACUUCUCCUGCACCUCAAGCACUUGAUAGAAAUACAAUCAAGUACUGGUACAAUGGAACUGUCACCAUAAAAAUGGGAUUUAAUGAAUUAAGCAGGAUUGAUCCUGGUUUUUUCAACCACACAAGAUUGUUGCAUUCUAUGAUUUCCGGGGAAUUAUGGCCACUAAAUGUAACGGUUCAUCAUAUCUCCACGAAACCCGCAGGGACCUUUACGGUUGAGUCACUUAUCCUCAUUGGAAUAAAUGAAUCUGAUAGUUUAAUCAAUAUAUCUUCGAAGCUCAACAAUAUUGUUAUUCGUUUACCAGAAGUGAUCGAUAUACAAAUAAAAGAUUUGAAUGAAUGCUUACACCCACGACUGCAUGGGUGCUUAAAAGAUGAACGGUGCAUUCAUUUGGAAGGUUCAUACAACUGUACACAAAAUUCAGCACCUCCUACUAACAGCACAGAUUGCUCUUCAUUCUUGAAUCAUGGUAUCAGCAAUGUCACCGGCAGUAGUUUUUAUAUACACUGGAAUACAGACUGCCCUGAGAACCAUACAUACAAUGUACAAGUGUUUUUAGUGAAAAGAUACAACGAAAGCAGCAUAACCAUCAGCCAGACUCAUCUGCACAUAAGAGGCCUAGCAGCCGGCGAGUUGUACAUGGUGGGAGUUGGCUUUGAGGACUGCAGAGGAAUUGUUCACUCAUGGAAAGAACAAGUAAAAACUGAAGCUCAGAUACUAGUUGGUAAACUUAGAAUCAUAAACCUUGAGCUGACAGAGGAUUUACGCAACACCAGUUCAAAUCAAUAUAAAAACUUUGUGAACAACUUUAGCAAAGAGAUCAAAGAAAGUUUGCCGCAAGAAUUAUCUCCUAACAAUGUAAAAGUGGAAGUUUACGCACUAAGUGCUGGGAGUGUUGUUGUCCAUUAUCAUUUAAUAAUAAGCAACUUAACAAAUCCAAUAAAUAUCACAUCAGUAACACUGUCAUCUACUAACAAGGACAAUAUGUUUGAUAUUGACCAGAAUUCCAUUGUCUUUACAGAUUUCGAUGAAUGCUCAUCACUUUCAGACAAUGACUGUGAUGUCAACGCCAUAUGUAAGAACCUUGAAGGAUCCUAUACAUGUGACUGUAAUAAACCAUAUAUGGAUACAAACCCCUCAAGGCCUGGGAGGAGUUGUCACCUUUCAGGAGAAGAGAUAUCCCCACUACCAGGUUUGCUCAACCCAACAACAAAAGGACCAGUAUCUAUAAACACAAACAGUCCACCAGCACAACCGUUUCCAACCACUGUGACCACAAGUUAUUUUACAACAGUAGACAGUAAGCCAGAAGACUCAACAACUGUAUUUCAAACCUUGCCUUCUGUGUUACAUACAGCUGUAUCCAGUACAGUUGACCACAAUACUAUUUCAUUGAAUACAUCUGACGGACAACUCAUUGGAAAGCCAGUAACAUCAAACCCUGCUUUACAAGAGUCACUUGAUACUACACAUAACAUAGUUUCUAGCACAUCGUAUCCCAGUAUAAGCAGCAGCACAGAAAUUAUUCCAACUAUGCUACCCAACUCUGUUUCCAUUACUAGUGGACACAGCACAGAACAUUCAUCUACACAGAAUGUGAAGACUGACGGUGUAAACUACACAGUAAAUGUAAAAGAGACCGAAACAAUGUCCCAUGUUCCCAGAUCUACCAAUCAGAAUGUAUCUCAUGUUACAAGUACAUCUCCCACAGUGCAUACAGGAUUUCUAAACACCACUGUUCAUGAUUCACUGAAGUCCCUGGUGACCAUAAACAAUGACUUAAGUAUGAAAGGAACACCUGGAAAAAUCACAACCACUAUCAGUACAUUAUCAUUAAAAGAUGCAAGCAUUGUGUUGUGUGAUAUGGAAAAAAUAGGCAUCAGGAUCCAGAAAACAUACCUCAACCAGAUGUCCAUCUCAGAGGGUUCUUUGUAUCUUGGAAAUGCUUCAUGCAACGUAAGCGACAUUACAGAUUCAUAUGUCCAGCUACAAUCAGGAUGGAAUAUGUGUGGCACACAAGUUCAAAAUAAUAAGACCCACGUUAUUCUUUAUACAACACUUUAUAUGGCGGUACCACAACCAUUUCCUAAUAUGCUACAACCUCCUAAGCAAAUAGGUUCAAUACAUUGUUUGUUCCAGAAUGAUAUUGUGACUUCUUCUGGAUACAAUACGCCUAAAGGGAUCUAUUUUACCAUUGAAGAUUUAAAAGGAGAUGGAACUAUUAUUCCAGAAUUUGAGCUUUUUGAUGGAGACCAGCCCAUCUCCAGAAACGUAACUCUUGCGGCCACAGAUGACAUAACAGUUCAUAUCAGGAUUAGGACCGAUGACGUACAAUUCAAGGUUGUCAUAAGUGAUUGCUGGGCCACACCAAGUGCUGAUGUGCAGGACCCCCUAUCAGCCAGCUUUAUAAACAAUAGCUGUGCUUUGCCGAACACUCACACUCUAAUCCUUUCUAAUGGCAUAUCAAACAAUGCUUCAUUUCAAACAAAGAUAUUUGCCCUUAUUGAAACUCCUAUUGUGUAUUUGCACUGUAGGCUACAUAUAUGCAAGGAAAUUCCUCCAGGCACCUGCAAACCGAGCUGCGGUAAUAGUGCCCGCUCCCUAACAGCUGGGGAGAAAGUAUCAACAACAGUUACCCGAAUGGGGCCCCUUCACCGAGCCAACAAAUACAAUACACAAGACUCUAAAGAAUUUACCCUGGGACCAGGAUACAUCGCCCUUAUCAUUAUACUGAUCUUUUUGUUUGUGGCUGGAGUGGCAGCUGGUUUUAUUUGCUGGCACGAAAGAAGAACAGGAAAAUAUAACUUCAAACUUAAACGUGAUGUUGGUUAUCAAGUGUUCAGUAACUAG